UCUUCUCAUGGGGUUUUACUGAAAAAUCUUUCUACUUAAAGAGCCAAAAUAUACAAGCAAUAGAAAGUAAAAGGUAUCAUAAAAGGGGGGGCCUCUCCAUUUUUUUCCCUUGAAGAAAAACAAAUUUGACAAAAAUGUCUAAACAAACAUACAGAAUAUGCUGUUUUCAGAGGAAAUUCAAGAUGAAAGAAGCUGAGCCACCUAAUGAGAUCAAGGAUUUGUUUAACAGAUUCUCAGAAAAUGGUAUAAUGACUGCAGAACAUUUACACAGAUUCUUGAAAGAUGUUCAAAGGGAAGAUAAAGUUACAAAAGAAGAAGCUGAAUCUGUGUUGGAAUUUGCACUUAAACUUGUUCAUGAGCAUCUUAAUAUUGUUUUUCAUAGAAAAGGUCUCAAUCUUGAUGGCUUUUUUCGGUAUCUCUUCAGUGAUGCUAAUGCUUCUCUCUCCCCACACAAAAAGGUUCACCAUGACAUGACUGCACCUUUGUCUCACUAUUUCAUUUACACCAGUCACAAUACCUAUCUCACCGGAAAUCAACUCAAUAGUGACUGCAGCGAUGUGCCUAUAAUAAAGGCGUUGCAGCGAGGUGUCCGAGUUAUUGAAUUAGACAUGUGGCCGAAUUCCUCGAAAGACAAUGUGGAUAUCCUUCAUGGAGGGACACUAACACCUCCAGUGGAACUUAUCCAAUGUUUGAAAUCAAUAAAGGAACAUGCUUUUGUGGCAUCUGAAUAUCCUGUAAUUUUAACUCUAGAAGACCACCUCACUCCUAAUCUUCAGGCUAAAGUAGCUGAGAUGGUCACUCAAAUAUUUGGAGAUAUGCUGUUCACCUGUGGGGCAGAAUGCUUGUCAGAAUUCCCUUCUCCAGAUUCGUUGAAGGGGCGGGUUAUCAUCUCAACUAAACCACCAAAAGAAUAUCUUGAAACUAAGAAACCAAAUGAGAAAGAUAAUGGUUCUCAGAAAGGGAAGAAAUCAUCAGAGGAGAAAGCAUGGGGAGCAGAAAUUUCCGAUCUUAGUAAAAAACUGAUAGCUUUAUAUGAGAACAAAGAAACUGGAGAAUGUCAAGACGAGGAAGCUGAUUCUCAUCAUGAGAACCCCAAUAUACAGCAGAAUACAGCUCCUGAGUAUAAACACUUGAUUGCCAUUCAAGGAGCAAAAUCAAAAGGUCCAACAAGCGAAUGGCUAACCGUGGAUCCUAUUAAGGUGAAACGCAUUAGCUUGAAUGAAGAAAAGCUCACAAAUGUUGCCCUCAAACAUGGGAAAGAGUUAAUCAGGUUUACUCAGAGAAAUUUGGUAAGAGUAUAUCCAAAAGGUAUACGAGUCGACUCUUCCAAUUACAAUCCACUAAUAGGAUGGAUGCAUGGAGCUCAGAUGGUUGCAUUUAACAUGCAGGGAAAUGGAAGGCCUUUGUGGUUAAUGCAAGGGAUGUUCAGAGCAAAUGGUGGCUGUGGUUAUGUCAAAAAACCAGAACUUCUCUUAAAAGACGGUCCAAAUAAUGAGGUCUAUGAUCCUAAACGGCUCUUAUCAUUGAAAACCACCCUGAAGGUGAAAAUAUACAUGGGAAAAGGUUGGCAUUUGGACUUUAAACGUACACACUUUGAUAUAUAUUCUCCACCAGACUUCUAUGUCAAGAUUGCUAUUGCCGGAGUUCCUGCAGAUUCAGGAGUUAAGAAAACGAGGCCAAUAGAGGAUGACUGGGUACCAACAUGGAAUGAUGAAUUUGAGUUCCCAUUGACAGUUCCAGAGAUUGCAUUGCUUCGUGUAGAAGUCCAUGAGUAUGAUAUGUCAGAGAUCGACGAUUUUGGUGGACAAACUUGCAUUCCUGUUUCAGAGCUCAGAACAGGAAUACGAGCAGUACCUCUUUACAAUGAAAAAGGAGAGAAAUAUCCUUCUGUUAAACUACUUAUGCGCUUCGAAUUUGUAAAAUAAUAUUUUAUAUAUAUACUAGAAAACUGCAUCUUUCAUUGUAUAUCCAAGAUAUGUAGUAGAUCUUACAAAUCAUUUAUCAGACAAAUCAUCUCCUAAAGUUGGAGUUCUUUAA